UAUAAAAGGAGGCGUUGACAUCCUGGCUCACUGCUCAUCUCCACACCACACAGCACGGCCUACCACCCAGAUAAGGAUGAAGAUGCUGCCAGCCUCCCUCCUCUGCCUGGUGCUGCUGAGCCUGCCUCUGUGGGGUGCUGGGCGCCGGGGCCCCCCACGCUCCAUGGAUAUCCGCACCCCCGACAUUGAUGCUGCCUGGUACACAGGCCGUGGAAUCCGGCCAGUGGGCCGCUUUGGCCGAAGGAGAGAUGCCCUGGAGCACGACCCCCAGCUGGGCCUGAGGCAAAGACUUGUCAACCUGCCCUGAAAGGAGGCACUGGGUCCCCCCAGAGUCACUGAGAUGACCGCCUGCACCACCGCCCUUCCCUUCCCCUGCCCCCAAUAAAACAUCUGCCUCAAUAGAA